ACGAUCAGCAAAUCGAAACGUCAAAUUUUUGACACCAUUUUGCUGAAAAUCAGUUGUUUGAAUAAAUUGCUGCCUGUUCAGCAUUUGAGCAUUUGACAUGAUUUUGCUGAUGUAUCUCAGCAAAAGUUAGAAAACACACAGAACGUUCUUUUGUUUUUUGUUAUUUUAUUAAAACAAAUGUUUUACAUUGCGAAUAUUUAUUUUAAAGUUAUCUGAUUUUGAAUCUGAAUUAUCAGUAUGAACUUUCAAAUGUCUUUGUAGCCCAUCGACACAACCUUCCACUAAUUGGUAACAGAAAUUGCAUUACAGUAUAUUGCCGAUAUUCCCAAAUUCCUAGAAAAGACUGAAAAUUAACUUAUCAAACAUUUUUUUUAUAUCCCAAUUAUUCUAUUUUAGCGCAUGCAAUGCUUUUUUAAAUUUCACAUCCAUGCUACAUACGCUUAUAAGCUCAUUUUUAUUUUUCUAUAGUUUUGUUAACUUUUUACGCACAAAAUGGCGAUUGUUCUGACAGUUUGACGGAUGGAGUUGCCAGAAAUUCAGCAAUUACCAGCAAUUUGCUGAUUUCCGGUAAACAGGAUUCUGAAUGCUGAUAAUCAGCAAGAAUAUUUUUUACUGAUUUUUUUCAGUAUUUUAUUUUGCUGAAAAUUCUUUUCAGAUUUUGGUGUGUGCAGAUAAGUUCGAGUUUAAAAGUUCGCUUGUUGAUUUCUCGGUUGAUUGUAAAAUGUCGUUGUCGAAAGAAUCGUAUGCAUCCGUGGCCGUUGUUUUAUCGGCGGCAUCAAUUGCUCUCGAGGAGGAAGAAGGCCCAAUCAAAAGAAUACGGGCACGUCGCAGUGUCUGGUUGAGCGAGUGGAUAACAAAACGUGCAACAGAUGGAUUCUACGUGAAGCUACUGUCGGAACUACUGACAGAGUCUCCACGAUUAUACAAAAACUUUAUCCGGAUGUCCAAAAAAGAUUUCGAUUACGUUUUAAAGUUGGUUGGACCUCUCAUCAGCAAGCAGGGCACUUAUAUGCGCAAUUCUAUUCCCGCAGGCGAGAGGUUGGCCUUAACACUACGGUUUUUGGCCACAGGAGAUAGCUUCAUGUCGCUUAGGUACCUUUUCAGAAUUCCGGAGACUACCAUCUCACGUAUUAUUCCUAAAGUACUGGAUGCAAUAUGGAAAGUAUUGAAGCCUUUGUAUAUGAAGGUACCGUCCACUGAAAGAGAAUGGAAAGCCAUUUCAACUAGUUUGAUGAUAACUGGAAUUUUCCUAAUAUUCUUGGGGCUGUCGACGGUAAGCUUGUUGUCAUGGUGGCACCCCCGAACUCAGGAAGCAUAUUUUAUAACUACAAGGGCACACACAGCAUAGUACUUCUCGCAAUAGCUGAUGCUGAGUAUAAAUUGGUUUACACAGAUGUCGGACGUAAUGGAAGAAUUUCCGAUGGUGGAGUUUUCAAACGUUGUAGUUUUGCACAGGCGCUGAGUGUAAACAAACUUGGAAUUCCCAUUCCGGAGUCACUAAAGAACAGAAUUACUCCAGUUCCGUACUUCCUGAUAGGUGACGACGCGUUUGCAAUGAAUGCGAAUUUGCUGAAACCAUAUCCUGGAACACAGCUAACUGGUCUGCAUCGCAUCUUUAACUACCGGUUGUCUCGUGCUCGCCGAAUAAUUGAGAACGUUUUUGGAAUAAUGGCAGCUCGAUUUCGAGUGCUUCGAAAACCUGUUCAUUUGAAUGCAGAGAAAAACCAGAAGUGUAGUUUUGGCAUGCUGCGCGCUGCAUAAUUGUCUUAUUCAACAUAAAAGUACAGUUUAUGCACCACCAGGUUCAUUCGAUCGGUCUAACGAUGACGGAGUUAUUAUACCAGGAGAAUGGCGAAAAGAUUCUGUAGAAUCGGAAGGAUUCUUUUCCAUAAGGGACAGCGGCCAGUACGUCAGUAACACUGCUAAGGAAAUACGAGAUGAACUAGCGCAGUAUUUUAUGAACGAGGGUGAUGUAGAUUGGCUAUAUUCGAAAAUUUGAAGUAGUCUUCUAGUCUUAUCUUUUCCAUACAUAUUUCAAACUGCGUGUAUCUUU